AUGUUUGUCGAAAAUUGUGAGUGUCAAUGUGGAACGAAUGAAUAUGAUUUAUGUGACGAUGAAGAUAUGAAUCUUCAUUAUACUAGAUAUCAUAUUUCAUUUCCAACUAUUUGUGAUGGUUUUACAGAAUUAAUACCUAUUAACAUUGAUGGAAAAAAUGAAACAGAUGAAACAGAAUGUGAAUAUUGGCAGUGUAAUAACAUUUAUACACGUUGUGAUGGUUUUUGGAAUUGUUUUGAUGGAGCUGAUGAAGUUGGUUGUGAACCAGUAAUACCAUCAUUGGAAUGUCCACUUCAUCAUCACAUAUGUGUUUCUUCUGGGACAAAUCAAUUCAUGUGUUUGUCUCUUGAGAAAGCCAAUGAUGGUCAUAUCGAUUGUCUUGGUGCUACUGAUGAACCAAAACUAUGUCGAGCAAUUGAUUAUCAGCCGCCAACUAGCCAAAAUUUUCACUGCAUGGACUAUAUGAAUAAUUCUUGUAUCGAUAUCGACAAUUUAUGUGCUUACAGCAAAUGUACCAACAAAGUCGAUACACAAGUUUGUGACACUUCUAAGAAUCAUACUGUUCAAACCAGUAUUUGUACUGACGAUUAUAACUUGAUUCGUUCUGAUGUUGAGAAUUUUUUUUGUAAACGUCCAAUCGAUACUAAUAAACCACGAAUUGUACAUUUUUCACUUGAUCGACUUAAUAACUCAACUACAUACACAACAAAACAGAACCCAAAAAUAAUAAUACCAUAUUUAUCUAUUAUACAAAAGAUGGUUUAUCCUGAACAACCAUGCCAUCGUGGUAUUCCUUUACGAGUUUGGUUAGAUGAAGAAAGUAAUUUAACUAUGAUCACAUGCUUAUGUCCACCAAGUUUUUAUGGAAACAUGUGUCAAUAUCAGAAUCAGCGAGUCAGUCUUACGAUGCGAUUUGAAACAGGUUCUGAUUCUCGAAGAACAUUAUUUGCUAUUAUUGUUUCACUUAUCGAUGAUAGUGAUGAGCGAAUUAUUCAUUCAUAUCAACAAUUUACUUAUUUAUAUAUUGAUCAUUGUUCGAUUAAGUUCAAUACUUAUUUAUUGUAUGCAAAUCGACCAAAAAAUCAGACAAAACAAUAUUCACUUCAUAUUGAUAUUUAUGAAAAAAUUUCACUCAUGUAUCGAUCAAGUUUAUUAGUGCCUCCUGACUUUCCUUUUUUACCUGUACAUCGUGUUGCUCUUCAGAUAAAUAUUCCACAUACGAAUUAUGAAGUACAAAGCUGUUUAAAUCGGCCAUGCCUUCAUGGUAAAUGUAUUCAAUAUUCGAAUAAUCCAAAAGGUAUUACAUUUUGUCAAUGUAAUCAAGGAUGGUCUGGUCAAUAUUGUACUAUUCCAUAUAAUUGUACAUGUUCGUCUGACUCUUUGUGUAUUGGUGUUCUGACAAACAAUCGAUCGUUAUGUGUUUGUCCAAUAAAUAAAUGGGGUUCUCAAUGUUUUCUUCGAGAUUUAACUUGUCAAUCUGAUCAAAAUCAUAUAUGUUAUAACGAUGGUCAAUGUGUUCUUACUGAUAAAAACAUUAUACCUAACAAACAAUUCAUAUGCAUUUGUCGAAAAGGUUUCAGUGGAAAAAGAUGUGAAAUAAUUGAUAAUAAAAUCAUUGUGUCAUUUCAUAAAAGUAUUAUUUUACCACAAUCAAUGCUUAUUCAUUUUAUUGAAUUAAUCGAUAAUGCUCCACCAGAAAAUGGUUCAACAUUCAAAACUAUUCCUGCUAAUCAAAAUUCAGUCAUUAUUUAUUGGUCACAUCCAUUUCACAUUAUUUUUGUAAAACUUUUCGAAAAUAAUUAUUAUUUAAUUACUGUUCAAAAAACAUACAAUCGAUCAAGUACAAUUUCUACAACAAUUAAAUCAUCAGAUCGCUGUAAAAAUAUAAAUGAAGUAUUGAAUAAGACUAUUGCUGAAUUUCAUCUUCUUCGUCGUAUUAAAUAUUAUCAUUUAGUAUGUCUACAAGCCUUACCACUAUUAUCUUGUUUUUAUGAUAAUGAUCAUUUUUGUUUAUGUAACAAUUAUGGAAAACAACGUUUAGCCAAUUGCUUCGAAUUUAAUCAUUCGAAAAAAUUUGAUUGUUUUGGUCAAAGUAAUUUUAAAAAUGGAGCACAAUGUUUGCAAGAUAGGCGUACUUGUUCACAAACAUCGAUAUGUGUCUGUCUAACCUGUUUUUAUGGAAAACGAUGCGAAUUUAGUUCAAGUGGAUUUGGUCUUUCACUUGAUGCUAUUUUAGGUUACCAUAUUCAGCCACAUAUCGCAAUAAGACAUCAACCUUUUGUUGUACAAAUAAGUAUAAUAAUUACUAUAGUUAUGAUCAUCGUAGGAUUCAUCAAUGGUAGCCUAUCCAUAAUUACAUUUAAUAAUAGGGAAACACGUCAAAUUGGUUGUGGUAUUUAUCUGCUAGGAUCAUCGAUUACUACUGUAGUCAUAAUGAUUAUAUUUGCAUUGAAAUUUUGGAUACUUGUGAUUACACAAAUCACAUAUAUUACGAAUCGUUUAUUUCUACGAUAUCAAUGUGUUUCAAUAGAUUUUCUUCUACAAAUCAAUCUUCAUGUGAAUCAAUGGUUAAAUGCGGGUGUGGCUUUAGAACGAGCAAUUAUUACAGUAAAAGGAAUCAAUUUUAAUAGAAAGAAAAGCAAGCAAAUGGCAAAAUAUAUUGUUCUUACUCUUCUACUUUUGAAUAUCGGUACAACUAUUCAUGAUCCUAUUCAUCGACGUUUGAUAGACACUGAUAACGAUGAUGAUAACGAGAAGCGAAUUUGGUGUAUUGUUACUUACUCGUCCAGUCUUCAAAUGUUCAAUACAGUCAUGAAUAUAUUUCAUUUUUUAACUCCAUUUUUUAUUAAUUUUAUUUCAGCAUUAAGCAUUAUUAUAUUAACUGCUCGACAACGAAGAACUAUUGAACAUGAUCAACGUUAUCAAAAAUUAUUGUAUGAACAAUUAAAAGAACACAGUCAUUUAUUAAUUGCUCCUAUUGCUUUAGUCGUUCUAGCUGUACCACGUUUGAUCAUUUCUUUCAUUCCAGGCUGUAUGAAAUCUAUUGAUGAUCCAUGGAUGUACCUUAUCGGAUAUUUUAUUUUAUUUCAUUUAUUCCAUCUAUGCUAA